CUGUCUGCAGUCUCUGGUCAUCCCCUGCACUGUCCGCAGUCUCUGGUCAUCCCCUGCACUGUCCGCAGUCUCUGGUCAUCCCCUGCACUGUCCGCAGUCUCUGGUCAUCCCCUGCACUGUCCGCAGUCUCUGGUCAUCCCCUGCACUGUUCGCAGUCUCUGUCUCUGGUCAUCUCCUGCACUGUGUCGGCAGUCUCUGGUCAUCUCCUGUACUGUGUCGGCAGUCUCUGGUCAUCUCCUGCACUGUGUCGGCAGUCUCCGGUCAUCUCCUGUACUGUGUCGGCAGUCUCCGGUCAUCUCCUGUACUGUGUCGGCAGUCUCCGGUCAUCUCCUGCACUGUGUCGGCAGUCUCCGGUCAUCUCCUGUACUGUGUCGGCAGUCUCCGGUCAUCUCCUGUACUGUGUCGGCAGUCUCCGGUCAUCUCCUGUACUGUGUCGGCAGUCUCCGGUCAUCUCCUGUACUGUGUCGGCAGUCUCCGGUCAUCUCCUGUACUGUGUCGGCAGUCUCCGGUCAUCUCCUGUACUGUGUCGGCAGUCUCCGGUCAUCUCCUGUACUAUGUCUGCAG